AGGCGACACUCAAAAACAAACAAAAUACUUAGAUAGGAAGGAAUACUUCGCGGUUUGAUUUUUGACGAUCAUUUUGAAAAUGAAAGUUUGACCCUUUUGGCUCACACAGUUUCGAUAGUAUUUGUAGUUCUUGCGCCGUCCCCGCCGCAUUUCAGUUUUUAAGCACGUUUAGACAUUUAUUGAUUUAAAGCUUCCUCGAAUUCCUAGUCUGAGUCGCUCUUUUUGACUCGUAUCCCAGCAAUACGAAAACUUACGCCAUGUUUCUCUACAACUAGGAUAUAAUAUUUUCUACCACGAAGCGACCAAGGAGAAGUGCGAGAAAAUGGGCGGAGACGGCGGUUGGGAGCCGGGCGGCGGGAAGGGCAUGAAGGACGGCGGCGAGAAGGGCAAGGGAAAAGGGAAGGGCGGCAUGAUCACGAGCUCAAAUUACGGCGUGCGGGGCGGCUUCGCCCGACGACGGGCGUUUGACCUGAACGCCGGCGCGACCAAGUUUUUGGAAAAUUGGAACCUGGGGAUAGCGGGCAAGGAGGUAAAAUCGCAGCUGCCAUUGAUAACACCACACAACAUGGGUAUGCUACAGGACCUCCGAAUUUUGGAGUCAACGAAGCGAUUCUAAUAGGGGAUUUUUUGUCAUGGAUGUUGAUCGAAACGUCCUCUACGACUGACAUUUACGUGAAACCCACCUGGCUACUGUGUUGCAAUCGAUUUUUGCAUUUACACACUUCUAUGAGGACGAGCAGGUAAAGAGAAAUCAUAAAGUUGAUCGUGCACGGCCGAAGAGGAUGACAAAAUUUGUCUUCAUUGACUCGUUUUUUUCCUUUCACAACCCGCGCACGAGAAGUGACACUACCGCAUCUGUUACCGAGAACAGACCUACUUCGAGGGGGAGCCAGCAUUUGCACGCGACAAGUGUAUUGAUUACAACUUUUUGGAUUUCGAAUGCACUUUGCUUAUCCAUUUUCUACGGGUUGUCAGGCUACUCUUCUUUUCCGGAAGAUAUUGAUAUCAUGCGGUGCAGCAUACACGAGGCUUUUUGAGGUAUUCAGAUCUACUUCAAGUAAGAUCAUGUGUCACAAAAAAAAACAGGGUCGUUUGCUACAAUAAAUCCAAAACGGCGGCGAACGCACUGGCCUGGAACCCGACCGGCAGGAGAUUAUGCGUCGGGAACCACAACGGCGAGGUAUCGCUCUGGAACAUGGCGCAGGGCUGCAAUUUCGAGAUUGUGCAGCAGAGUCACACCGGCAGCAUGAGGUUUGUGAAGUACGUGCAGUCGGGCCAGCUAGACGAAAUUCUGUUCACAGGUACGACUAGUAGAGUGGUUUCCUUCAUGACCAUGAGUUUAUGGGAUGAAAGAAGGAAAAGAACUAAACACGGAAGUGAAACGAAAGUUGCGCGGACCUCGCUUAUAGCUGCUUGUCCAUCUUCUACCGAAUAAUUUUCAUUUUCAAAACAGCGGACCAAGCGGGCGUUUUGAAGCUGUGGGACAAGAAUUUCUGCAACACGGUUCGAUUGCAGCCUCACGACAAUAUUCCUAUGCGAGAUAUGGGCAUUGGCCCUGGGUUAUCAAAUGGAAGAUUGUGGAGCGUGUUGUGCGACGCUUGUAAUGAUGCUGUUUCGCUUUGAAAAGUAUGGCCGCAGACAAAGUAGUCUUCAUGCGCUUGUUGAUAUUCACAACCACGGAACACUAUGCAAAAACGCAUGUUGUCGAAGAGAACCACUACACCAACAUCAUGCAGUUGAUCAGACGAAUGUUCUUGUAUCUAUUUAAUGUCGAACCACCUUCAGUGAAGGCUGGUCUGUCUUGGCAAAAACCCUGCAUCUGCAUGAGCAACCGAAAACUUCCUUUCGAUACCCACUCGAAAAAUUCGUCACCUGUGCCGACGAGCCCACGGUAAAAGUAUGGGACUUCCGCACCCUGAAACCCGAGAGGACGCUGCUGGGACACGGGUACUGCGCUCGGGUUGUGAUUGUUCCUAUUUUUGUCUACGUGAAGAUUCAUACUCAAAGUCAAAAGGAUUGUAAUUUGUGCGGCGAGCGCUUUCCUUUGCACAUCAAAGAAGUUUGAUGAGUACGGGGAAUUCGAGUGUGACCACGACCACGAGUCAUGAUCUUAUUCCUAUCAGGUACGACUGCCGCGCUCUGGACUGGCACCCGUGGAAGGGGUUGAUCGCUACGGGCUCGAAAGAUAACCAGUUGAAAUUGUACGACCCGCGGCAAGAGACCGCGAUCGUGACCCUGUAUCACCACAAAAACUCCAUCGCCAAGAUGCGGUUCCAACCCAACGGGAUGGCGCUGGCGUCCGGGGGGAAGGACCAGCUGAUCCACAUCCUGGACAUCAGGACGAUGAAAAUCAAGAACACCCUGAAGGGGCAUUUGCGGGAGGUCACGUCCCUCACGUGGCACCCGAAAUUGGACAACGUUCUCGUCUCUGCCGGCUUUGAUUCCAACAUUUACCACUGGGAUUUGUACCACACACAGAACUACAAAGAUGAAGCGGGCAUCUGCCAUCCGCAGCAGGUACGAAGCUUUUGAUUAUUAAUACGUGCUGAUCGUCGUGUGAUAUCCAUAAAUGUUGCACGUUCUUGGAACAAAUCUUGUGAACUUGUGAAUCUAAAAGUACGUACAAAAACAUUUAUGCACAAAAUUCAGAUCGUCCGCGGCUGCCACGAGGGCGGCACCACCGCGCUCGAUUUCCACCCGUUGGGCCACGUUUUAGCCUCCUCGGGCCGGGACGGCAACGUGAAGCUGUGGUGCCGGGCCAAGCCGGGCGAUACCAAAAGGAAAAAUCCCCCCUACCCAUACUGAAAAGGUAUAUUUUUGGAAAUUUGUGAUGCUGAUUUAUGGUCACAAAUCGCGUCUGUCUUGCAAGAAGGCAACUCCGCAGGCUCCGCCGCACUGUGCAGGCGGUUUGUCAUGCUGCUGGGCCUACAGCGCGGACGUUUGUCGUGCUAAGUGCCAAGGCCAGAGCCUCUCUACUCACAGUUAGUACGGGCCUGCAGUGCCAUCCAGCAAGACAUCGCUGAUUUGUGUACACAGAUCCAGCAUCAGAAGUUUCGUCUCGAUAUGGAGAGGGGGGAUUUUUCCUUUCGAUAGGCGACGACAGCAAGCAGCAGGAGUUGGAGUUUUUCCAGCGGCAGCAGGCCGACCUGCUGGCCGGGUACGGGGGCUUCCUGAACCCCGACGGCUCGUUCGCGAAGGGGAAGGGCAAGAAGGGGAAGAAGGGCAACCAAAUGCUAUGCAUUGCAAAAGUAUCGCACUAGUAUGAAUUGCAAUAGUACAAAUUCUCUCAGCAUUUUUACAAAUUGAAUUUUUAAUGCGGAUUCAGCUUAACAACUAGAUUUGUAAUGCAUAACUGCAAUUGCUACGAGUGCGAUACUUUUGCAGAGCAUAAAUGUGGUCCACCAGCAACUUGGUGGACGAAUUCGACCACGGCGCGGCGGGCGAGCGGAAAGAUCUGAACAGUUUGGAGUUCACGAUCUGCAAGAAAAAACCUGCGUGAGUGUAACUCUGUGAUGCAGAAAGUGCAAAACUGUAUACACUUGUCAUGCUGGAGCUGCGUUAUAGGCUACUCUCAUACGUCUUUCCACGUACUAGCUGGGCAUGACAGGUUUAUUUGUUCCCUGCAUAUGCAAAACGAGUUUGUGGUGCUGUUCUUCCUACAAAGCAUACACUGACACAGCUUUUUUCCUGGAUACACGAAUCCGCCCCUGUACCGGCUGAAGGUAAACAAGAAGCGCGCGGCGGCCACCAUGGUGUCCGACAGUGCCGUGUUGACCAAGGAAAUCAUGUUUGCCGCACCGACGCUGAAGCGGCUCAAACUGAUCGCCACCGAGAAGGACAACGCAAGAAGAAAACGAAAAGGCUCGGCCGACAGCAAGGGCUCCAUAUCCAGUGCAAAAAUGUCUCAGUCUGGGAAUAGAACGCAGAUGUUUGUUAUGCGGCCUUUUCGUGACCCGCGAGGUCUACUUGAAUGCAGGGGCUAGGAGAAUUUUAUUUUCAAGGCUCGGUGUCAAUGCGUACACUGCAUGAGAAAUUGCCGGUCGGCGUGGCCACAAAAUGGCUACGUCUGUUGCUACUUUAUGCAAAACAGGGUGUUCGGCUGUGGAGGUCUGCAGGACGCAUCACAUUCCAGACCCUGACAUUUUUGCGAUGCAUAUUCAAAGGAGGACAAUAAUUUCGAGCAGCACAAUCCGUUCAUCAAAGAAGAGGAACCAGAAGACGACGACGAGGACAUGGAACUCUCGAAGGACCAGCGGAUAAACCCCGCGACCGGGAAACCCUUUGGGUACGGCCUGAAGCCUCUGCCCAAGGCCUUCAGUCAGCCCGGCAAGCCAGAGGGGCUGCAGGCCAAGGCGGGCAGCAUCAAGCCGGAGGAGGGGGUGGAACCCGGCGAAGAGGGUGGUGGCGCGGGUAUACAGAUCAAGCAGGAGCAGCCAGCGGAGGACGAAAAUAAUAACACUGGCGCGGCACCACCACCGUCCUCAUCUUCCACCGGCCCAAACAAGGGAGGGCGAAGCCACGGCAACACGACCAGGUUUGCCACGUUGGAGGGCGACGAGCAGACCCCCUGGCGGGGGCUGAAGGUGAUCAAGGGGUCCAAAGCGGGGGUGCCGCUACUGCAGUCCAUGGGCGUGUUUUCUGACGCGACCAUGGUUUCGGUCGAGAAAAGCGGACUUCAGCAGGCGGCAAACGAGCAAGCGUCAGGUGCGCUGAGCCUCUUCAGCCAUCCGGGAGCCGCACAGGCCAAAGCGCAGCCGAGGUCCAAGGCAGCGUCGGUGAUGGGAGCGGCCUCGACGAGCAGCAGUUCUUUUAUCGAGAGAAUCAAACGAAGUCAGGACCUGCUCAGCAGUUUGGCCAGCGGAGUAGACCUGGCCGGCGGGCAAUUCGACAGCGGCGAACAGCAAACGUCCACCAAGCCCCCCGGCACACAGAUGAACCUCCUGCCGUCGUUCGACGAACUCAAGUCGUGCCUGCGGAAAAAGGGAUUGAGGCGAAUAAAUUCGUGAAGAGGACGAGCCGGGAGGAUAAGGAAUAAGGAGGUCAAUCUACUCAUGAAUGAAAAGAUGAUCUGUGCUGUUCCACUUCAAGACGACGAGAACGAGAUACUGACGACGACGCUUUGAUGAAUACAGGUUUUAUAGACGGAACGUCAAAUUUGAGUAUUAAGCACAAGUACAGCGACAAAAAUUUUUGUGAAAUUACAGAAGGCAGUAUAUGAAUGGACAAAGUACAAAAGUUCAGUAUUAACUAUUGCAUUUUCUGAGCCGUAUUUUUCAUUUUCCAAAAUGCAAAAACCGAUUUCGAUUGUCAUGAAAACAAUUUUUUGUCAUGGAGAAAACAUUUCUUUGUGAUGCAAAAACUAAAUUCUUGAGAACGCAGAACUGCUUUCUGAAGAGCACGGAUUCUAUCUGAGCCACCGACUUCACUGAUCCACCGAACCAACAUUCUAAACACCGAAAACCAAAAUAUCACCAACCGAGCAAAACAACUUCAACCGAGCAAAACAAACCUUCAUUUCCGGAAAAUGCGAGUUCCUCUACACCGAGCUAAAAUUUCGAAUAGUUGUGGUUUAUUACAAAACCACAACUAUUCGAUUUCUCCAACACAAUUGUUCAAGUUUUCAACUUAGACAUCCGAAACCGACUCGCUUUCACGAACUCACGUCGCGCAAUAUCGGCACGCGCGACCGUGGGACCAUCUUCAAAGCUCUUCAUCAUUUGUUCUUGGCGAAACAGCUAUCGCUUCGCCAUAUCGUUUUUGCCUCCAAGUCCGCAGCAGAACUCACGGCGACUUGGGAGACCAUAUCCAUCACAUGGUGGGUAGAGCGAAACAUUUUCAGAUAUGGAAGACAAUCAUCUUCCAUCAUUUGACAGUAUUGUUUUUUUGCGAAGAAACUACAUUCGCGAGCGAAUGCAGCUUCUUCACGAGAGGACGGUGAAGGUGUUGAUACAAACGCCACGUCGAAAGACGUGACGAUAAAGAAGAGUCCAGGUUGUUAUUUUUCUAACAAAAAAAUAAAAGAUCGAAGAUUGCAUUUUCAUAAUGUAGAAGUGCUUGUCUUUCGAUGAGAAGUAGAUACUGAUACUCGAAAGACAAAAAAGAAAUGUUACGAAUAUUUGCGAGUCAGCAGACGUAGAUGGCAAGACAUCUAAGCUGCCGACUCUAAAGAAGGCCGGUGUAGCACGAAGCAUUUUCGCUUCGCUGAAAUCUCAGUGAUUUUUCUAAUCGAAAAAGAAAUUGAUAAUUUUUUUGAAGUAAAAUAAACAAAUUAGCCCCAUCCGAUUACGCAGGAAGGAUGCGGGCUUUAAUCAGACCGAAUUGCGGCAGCUCGAGUGGAGUUGACGAACUCAUACUGAUGAAUAUGAAAUUUAUAUUUCUAAAAGUAGUACUGCAUGUUUGUGCAUAAUAACUUCCGUAUCUACAGACAAAGCCAGCACUCUAUCUUCAACGAGAGGUAGAAAAAAGAUUACCGACAACGAAAGUCGAAAUGGAAAGUUUCUGAGCACAAAUACAUCUCGUACGAAUUUACCUUCAGAUUACAUAUUCGUGUCUAAAAAGGUAAAUUCAUCCAAGGUGUUGGUCCUGCUUCGCUUCGCAUUGGGCGUCUCGUCAUCAUCCUGCUUCGCCGACUCGAUGGACAGCUCGCUCAUGCCGCGGGGACGCAACAACGCCGAAUGGUUCCGCAACCUCAUCUGCUGCUGAAAGAGCUUCACGUUGCUCGGUCCCGACAAGUUCAUGCCCAUGUUGUGCGACGACGAGCUGCUGCUGCGAUCGCGGGUGGACUCCUCCGCGGAAGAGGAUCCGGUCUGCUGCUUGACCUGCUCGGCCACCAUCUUGGGAUCCAGGUAGGCCUGGCAAAGACCAUCGUUGUCCCAGGCGUCGGUGUUCUUGGCAUCGGUGUAGAAGUUCAGGGACGCGUCCACGUACGAGGCCUGCAGCUUGGUCGCGGCAGCGCUCAGCGCGGCGGCCGCCUUAGCAGCAGCCGUGGUCUUCUUAGCCGGGACCUCGGCACCCUUGGCGCCCGCGGGCUUGUUCAGCGGGGCCGACAAGCGGUACUCGGCGGAGAGGGAGUUCGCAAAGGCGCGGCUCGGCUCGCACUCAUACCUGAUAGUUUGAGAUAAUGAUGAGCAUGACUAUGAGAUCAUAGACAGUACAUCAUAAGCUAUGACUAUGAAGCACUUCAUUAACAACAGAUGAUACAGAGCAUGAUGAUGAAGAUGAUGAUGAAGAUGAUGAUGAAGAUGAUGAUGAAGAUGAUCAUGAUGAACAUCAGAUGACAAAAAGCAUGAUGAUAAUAAAAAUACGGAAUCAAGCAGUCGAACUUCAGGUCACCCAAGCAGAGCGUGGUCAUCUCGAACUUGAUUCCCUUCACCUUCUUGUCGCAUUUGAAGUCCAAGGUGAUGGCCUUCUCUUGCAGGAUCUGGCACCGCGAGGACAGCUUCAUCUUCUCCAUGUGGAAGUUGAUGGGCACUUUGAUCGGCACGACACUCACUUUCACUAAUUGUUCGGAGGAGAGCGUCCACGUCUGUCCCUGUUUCAGCCCUUUUUUGCACUGCACGGUGUAGUGACCCAUGUUCAACGAAAGGCAGUCCGCCGGGAACUGAUUUUUGUUGACGAAGAUUUCGUUUUGAAAACAAAGUCUUUCGCAAGUGAGUGCUCGUCUUCUAAGUCUUGCCCAUUUUCCUCUUCACGCUCACGUCGCGCUCACGACUAAAAAAACAUCAGAAAUAAAAGUACGUCCAUCAGGGCAUAUUGCUGCUCCUCCACCGGUUCCUUGGCCUUGGCCCGCGACUUAGCCACGCACUUCACUUGAAACCAUUUGGCCUCCUCGGCCGAUUUUAACUUUUCCCCUAAGGCCUCGGUCUCCUGGUUGAAAAUCUCCUUCAACUGCUUCUGCUCGAGCUCGCAGGCAUCUUUGUGCUUCUUGCACUUCUCUUCGUACUCCUCCUUGGCAGCGUUGACAUACACCUGGUGAAUAGAACCGGAAAACUGGAGGUUGAACGAACCCGGGAUGAAAAGCUGGUUAUCAUAGGUCACUAUGAAUUUCUAGGAGAACGAUGUCACAGCCAAAUUCCAAACAAUGCUCUAUACUAAACAUAAAUAUAAAUAUUGCAACUGCGAUACAUUCUUGGUGUGAUCAGUUAAAUCCAACCGAAGCGUCCCGGGAAUCACGUAGAGCUGUUUUGCGAGAUAGGUACUUCUACAGACGGAUCGCACGCGAUCCAUCGUCGAAGUGGAAGUCGCAGCUCACACACACGCUCAUGGAAUGGACGCAGAUACUAGUUCGAAUUUAAAUACUCGUUGCAUUCUCGCACAAACUGAAAUAAAAUCAUAAAAAAAACCUUGGCUUUCUUGCGGGCAAUCAUCUCCGCCUUCAUGGCUUUCUCCAUGGCCUUCAAAGUGGUCUCCAAGUUGGACUUCAGCACCUUCAGAUCGGCCUGGUAGUUCGCGGCCAGCGAGUGCAGCUGGUUCUUGAUCUGGCGGACCUCGGGCGACAUGACUUUUCCCUGAAUUUCACCACUUUUCCCAUCGAGGUAUCCCAGCGCUUCAUCAGUGGUAUCGCACUCGAUGGUGAUCUGUGGAUUAUUCAUAGGUAAAGUUUUCAUUUUCAAAUACGAACUCGCUUACAUGCAUUAAAACUUGCAUUAGAAAUUUGAUCAACAUGAACAUCUUGAUAUUUGAAGACCUCGAUCCCCUCCGCAAACGUGACCGUGGAGUUCAGCGUCUUGUUGUCGGCGAACCGCACGACAAAGGUACCGACCACCUUCGCGCCGUCGAAGUACGGCUUCUGCAGGUUCGCGCAGGUGCGGAUCACGUUCUCGAUCUCUUUCAGCACGGAGUCGUCCAAUUUCUGCUGCUCGACCAGUUUCUUACCGAAACUGAAGUCUCCGUCGUACUCGAUCCUGAGUUCCUCGGGACACUUCGCAGUCACCAACGAACCGUACACGCCAUCCUUGUCCUGGGGUGAGUUUUAGUUUUAGUUUAAGUGAGAGAAUACUACUGGUUCGUGCGAUUUGCUUUAUCUGAAAAGUUAGGACGUGACUGGAGGUAGUGCUACUGCAAGGAGAAGUUAGUAUGCACUGAAAUAAAUCAAAAUCUGAAAUACGGUCCAGACAGCGCCCUGAAUCUCCGGCUCCACGAAUAAAUCAUCCUCCUCGUCGUCGGACAGCAACCCGGCAUUCUUUAACAUCUUUCCUUUCGGCUUCUUUUUGUUCUUGUCCAGCUUGGUCUUCCCCUUCAUGGCAUUUCUGCACAUUUCGCUCACCAACCACACGAGGUACUGGUUGCGCACGCUAUCCGAUUUCUCGUCUUUCAGCCAAUUCUGGCGCAUCAUCUGCUUGAUCUCCUUCAUCUGCUUCUUGUUCAAGGACACCGCGUCCGGUCCGAGCAGGAGGUGCAUGAAGGUGUCCAAGAUCAUGUCGGUCAACGCGGGGCGGAGGUAGCGCAGUUGCAACUCGAACAGGCGGGUCCUGAUGUCACAAUAGAUAUUGAUACAGAUGCUGAUACUGUUACUCGCAAUCGCAUUACAAAGCGAAUUCGAAGUCGAGCUCGAGGCGUUCUGCUUUUACAUUCACAUCGAAACACACAAGACUAGUAGAAUUGUCGAGUGAGAGAAAGACGAAAGCAAAACACUUGCUCGCUGCUGUUGCAGCAAGCUCGUGUGCGCAGCCGUCAUCUUCAAUACUUAUUUCUACGUCCCCGUCUUGCUUCAGCGACAGCGUCAGCGAUGCGAUUGCAAUGCAAAAAUUCCAAUUCCACUCACAGGCACAUACUCAGGCAGGAGCUGCCGCUACGUCUACAUCUCGAAAUAGAUUCUCACCAUACUGUUUACGUCGCAGCUUAUUUUUGUCUUAGAUAUCCGCGUCACACUCACUGUCACUGCACACAGACAUCAGGACGUUGUGUAGAAAAGUAGAUGUAGAAGUAGUAGUAGACCACACCAACACUAACAGACUAGUAAUAAAGAAAAAGCGUACUUCAGCAGCGUAGUGAACUUGCUGUCAUCCUUGGAGGAACUCAGGCGCCUGAUGGUCUGCAACCAGUUGGUCUGACUGCACCCGAACUCACGCCGGGCUUGGUUGAUGAUGUUGAUCUCGCCCAUACCACUGAUUCCUUCGCACUGGCUCUGGUAUUGUUUUGUGAUUUUGUUUUCAAUUUGAGUUUCAUUUUCGCGAGAAAUCCUGAACCAUAAGAUCGGAUGCGAGCAUCAGUUUCUAUUUCAAAAAUUCGCACGAUCUGCUCCGCAAACCAUGGCGCAACAUAAAAGUAAGUACCUCGUAAAAAGCCAGCUCGUUGACUUUUUUUCCCGGGUUGUUUUUCUUGUAGGCUUUCAGUUCCGCCUCGAUCUGUAAUAUAGUUGUGUUCAUCAUCAUCUUCAUUAUCAUUUUCAUUAUUACAUCGACUUUUUCGAAUCGUGAAUACCUCAGAAGCGGCAGCUACGACCUUCGCAUCACAUAUCUCCGCAGCGAUGAAGGGGAAAAAAAUCGCAGGCAAGAAACAGAAGUCCGCCCUGAAGCCGAACUUCAAAAAGACGCUGAAAAAGAAGGCAGUCGCAGCGCAGAAGGCUGUCUUGGGAAAGAAGAAACAGAAGACCAUCGCAAAGCCAAGCGCCCGCAAAACGCCGAAGCGUUUGGAUGUUUUUGAUAGCGAAGAGCGCUCCGGGUCGCUCACGAUGGGAGACUGUCUGCGGUUCGGCGACGCAUUGGAAGCAUCAACCGGCCGCAAGAAGGAAGCGGGCAAAUUUUAUAAACUCGCGUGGAUUGUGGCAUGCCUGACUGGCCGGCGCGGCAUGGACGUAAGGCUAUUGCAGCGCGGCGAAUUAACUUUGAAUACCGUCCGCAUCGGGAAUUCAAAACUGGCGACCACAAAAGGGGGCCGGGGCAAAAUCAAGAAUGUGCCCAUCGACCCGAGCAAAAAAACAAAGGACUUUUUGCAGGAGAUGAUGGACCACAUGGAUGACAACGGGGUCGAAAAAGAUGGCCCGAAUUUCAACUUUCAGAAAGAGUCAUUCGAGAAGAAAAUCCGGGAAGUCCGCAAAGUCUUCGUGUGCAAAGACAAAAAAUCAUCCCCGCCAAGCAUAAUAACCUCACACACGCCGCGCAGGAGUGUGUGCUCGCACUUGUUUGCGAAGAAGGUGUCGCUCCGCACGAUUAUGUCAAUAACUGGACACGCCAGUGUAGACACACUGCACAGAUACAUCCAGGGGGAUUUCACAUUUCAAAGACUAGCUGCAAGUAAAUUAGGCGUGUGAUACGAUGCAGAUUUUAUCAUGAAAUCAAAAAAAACGAUGAAGCUGUAGAUCGACCUUGGAAUGUGAAACAAAAAAUUACUAUACGUCGGCAAACACGGAUUCGUACUUUUCGCAGAAAGUACAUUUCAGCUGUCCUUGGCUCGACUCGUUGUCGAGUCUCACGAAGAGACGUAAUAAUUCUGGUUGCCGGUCUUGGAGAAUACUCGAAAACACGAACAUUCUGUAGUGUUGUAUGAAGAAAUAGAAAUUAGAAAUAGAAAAUCACAAAGAUACGUAUCACCGGAGUGCUUCAUAAACAACACCGCAUGAAGCGCGAUGAACCUUCCAGAGCUGAUUGAGAGUUUCCUUCGGAACUAACUGAGAGUUGCUGGCUGCUGCAGCUACGUGGGCAUUUGAUACGAAACACUUCGAGCUCAAGUGGAGUUUAUGUGUGUUUCAUCUCUGGUCUAUUCAUCGGAUAAACGAGAGCCGCGAAUAGAGCGACUUCCUUUUUCAUAAGUCAAAAUUAUGGCUAAGUACCUGAAUCCUAAGGCCUCCCAUCCCUUCGGGUCCUCCUUCAAGAAUUCCUUGCCGGCUUGGAAGGAAUGGUUAAGGGCGAUUAUUUCGAGGAACUUGUCGAUGGAUACGACGUAGCACAGUCUCCUCAUCUGGUAGGAUCCGUUCCUCAUGCAGUCCAGUAAAUAUUGUUUAUGCUUCUCAUUUCGGAUCAUGUUCCACUUCGACUGCUUGAACUGCGGGACCAGCUCCUUCGGGAUUUUCGUGCCCUGGACGAACUUGUCGUCGCGGUACCGCUUGAUGAACUCGCACAUGGCGGCCUUGGUCACCUGAUGUUUUUUCAUGUGAUUAUGAGAAUCAUGGUGCACGAGAAACAUAUAUAAACCACAAAACUCAACGAGGAUAUGCAUCGACAAAAACAUUGGGAUGACACAUCUGAAAUCAAACAAAUUCAGGCAAAACAGCGACGCAAUACCUCGCCCUUGCGCCAGGCGCGCUUCAUCUGCUCCGCCUCCAAGUCCGUCGGCAUGGUCUCCGUAAUUUGGAGACUUUGCCCCGACGCGAGGAGCUCGAUUUCCAUUGUGAAAGAGAUGCGUGACUAACAAAUACGACAGAACCCUGCUCAGAAGCUGUGUUUUUUCAUUGAAAUGCGAUGGAGUUGUGAGUUAUUCCAUGUUAUUUUUAUCACAAAGAGCGAGUUUUUGCAUGUAUCACGCAGACAUUUUGCACGCGUCACGCAGACAAUUUGGAGACAUCAUGAUGGGAUUUGCAAGAGCUCAUUUCAUUGGUGGAGCGCAAAAUUUUGUGAACGUGUGAUGUGCGAGAGGACGAUCUUUUUUGAUCCAGAACGCUCAAAUAAUAGAAAUUCACCUUGUCCUAAAAAGGUCGGAUUUUAGUAAAUUACUAGAAAUCCUUGAUUUUCAAGAUUUUUUUACAAAAAAAAUGAGGAUUUGAGCUGAAAUCCUGGAAAAAUGCAAAAAUAUUUUUGAAAAUCAAGGAUUUCUAGUAAUUUACUAAAAUCCCACGAUUUUAGGAAAUGGGAUUUUCACAAUAAAUGUCGGAUAUUUCAUCGUUUGGGAACUGGAGGUUUCUGUGUCGGGGUGGUGAAAAAUCUUGUUCGGGAAGAUCAGAGCAUGCCAAAAUUUCUCUGGUUUAUCUCUCCUCGCAACUGUGAGUGGAGUGAUCGGGACCUCUUAAUAAGACUCAGCUACAAGGUGGGUAGGCUGCUGGGUCGGGGAAUCAAAAGCACUUUGCGCAUCAUCUCGAACUCAAUUUACAUCCUUUUUCCUAUCGGAGAGCGGGUAUAAUUUGCAUUCAAACUCAGGGGAAGGAGGCAGCUUUCAUAUGAGGUCUGGGUGCUUAUGUUGCGAAAAGAUCUUGGACCGAAGACGCGAGUUCCAUUCUGGCAAGCUAUCGCGCCACAUCUACAUCACUUACAACCGACAAUGAAUCAAGUGGCUCAGCAUCAUUUCCCGCACGUUCUGAAUCUGUGCGUCGUUGGUAUUUGCUGCGAAGUUUCGCGUGAUAUUUAAUGCUUCCGAUCGUGAAGAAUUUCAUUUUUUAUAAUAAAAAAUACAAGUUUUCAUAAUUGAAUUAUAAUUCAAAUUCAAUUUCAAUUCGAAACAAUUUUGUGUUUUUUCAAAAAAAAAACAUAUAAGUCUUUCAGAGACGAACAUGCUCGGCUCGUGACAUCUACGUGUACACUGCGUCUGCGAAUUUGUAAACAACAACUCGCAGGCGGCAGGCCCAGAUGGUAGUCUCAGCCACGGAUCGGCAUGUCGCCCAAUACAGAUUGAUCGCUGUCGUCGGAAUCCUCAACCAACUUCUCAAUCUUCUUCGACUUGGUGGAGGCGAUGUAGUGCGCGAUCUCCCGGUACGCAGCAUCCUCCAAGUCGUCACUGACCAAGUUGUUGCUCGGCCGCUGAAUCUUCAGGAUAUCGCACACCUUCGCGACGCAGCGCUUGCGGGCAGCGGCAACACUAAUCUUGUCGGUCAUGCGACCCGCGGUGGUGCAGCCCACUCCCGUAGGUUCAAAGUCUUCAUCACCAACAUCAGCGGCCAGCUCGUGGACAACUCCUCUCCAGGUCGCCUGUUCGGGGCGAAAUAUGAAGUACACCGUGUCGGGCUGGAGCUCCGGAAUCAACUGCUUCUCCGGCACCUUCGGAUUAUUUUUGCAAAAUUGAAAUCGGCAUGAAGGUGUCAGUCUCUCUUCAUAUCUUGGUCAUAAUCUUCAUCAUCAAUCAAACACACUAAAGUCGAAAUGAAGUCAUGACCGAAAAAUCAAAAAGUAAAAAUAGUACAGCAACGUGAACUUGGAUCGUCCGGUGCCACGACUCUUCGCGAGACUCUCUCUCGUACGGAUCCACAACAACGUGCUUCUUCUUUUCGGCCUCCGGGUCCCACUCCUUGGACGUGUCGAAGAACACUCCAGACCGCUGCAUUCUCUUCUCCAACCAAAACCCCUUGUCGACGAAGAGCCAGAUCCUGCCCAAAAUAAAGUGCGCGCGGGCGACUUUUGCGAUGGAGGCGUUGAGGAAAGAACUGGUGCUGAGCUUCUUGUUGUCCUCCGCGGAUCUCGAAGCCCAGUGGGACACGGUCAUCACCGAGCUCACCUCCUCGUUCAAGAGGAAGCAGUCGUACUUGUCGGCUUUGUCCAUCAAGUCCUUCGGAAUCUCUUGCAAGCCGAUGGCUGAGGAAUUCUUCUUCCUAGUCUUAAACAGGCCCAGGUAGAAACUGGCCGGGAAAUCAGAAUCGUUGACGAGGUAUUUGGUCGUUUUUGGCUGCGGCUUCGUACAGCACCCCGGAAUGUCCCCUUUUUUCAUCGGGACGUACGUCGCGCGCUGCAUGUGGCCUCGAUUACCCGUGCGAGAGAAGCAGAAAUAAGGUGGUCCAUCCAUGCGAUGGGCGACCUUUUUGACGUGGAUGUUGCCAAGCUUCACAAAGGAGUUGUCGAACAAUUUGGUCCCAACUCCGCCGUACCACUGGCGGAAAAACGGCGUGUUCGGAAUGUGCAUGCGGAUGGCGUCCGGAAUGGUAAGGGCAACCUGAGUGUAGAGUUUCGCUGUAAUUCGUUUAUCAGUGCGCACAGCUACAGUACCAAGCGAGUAUUGAACUUGAACUUGAAGAGCACACAACUACAGAAUGCAAACGCACUAGUUUCACGGAGUUGCACAUUGGUAUUUGAAGCGACAUGAAAAAAAAAAUACCUUCUGCGGAAUCAGAGGACAGUAGUCGGCCACGUUCAAGUCAUUGCGCACACUGGUCUUUCGUUUCCGAAACUCUGCCUUCGCGGCGAUCAGGUACGGGUGGUGCUGGAGAGAAUCGAAGGGGUGGUUCAUCACAACCCUGACAUCGCACGAGUUCUGCACCAUCGCCUUCGAAUGUCGGGGAUCGAAAAGACACUUCCACUGCUCGAGGAGUUUCUGGUACUCCAAAAACGAGAUGGGCUCACUCCGCGCGAUGGAGGUGCGGAUAGCAGCCCUUUCCUGCCGCAUGUUUGGGCACAGUCUUUUGAACUCCAUCGUUGUACUGUGAAGCGAUUCGACGUACUGCAUGCAGGGACUGCUCAGGACGAAGAUGGGUCCGGCCAGGCUGAACAGCUUAUCCGUCAUCGUUCCCUUUUCCUGCAUCUCCGUCAAGUCCUUUUUCAGUUGUUCAAUGAAAUAAAUCAAAAACGGAUCAAGGGCGUCGUGCUCCAAAUCGAGCAGCAGCUCGGCACACCGUUUCUUCGUAUCGUUGCAGAAGAGCUUGUUCAAGAUGUACGGGAAGAUGUACAGCUGCACUUCCCGAUAAACCGUUUUGCAGAAAAACGAGUGCUAUCCUGUGCAAAAAUAUCGCACUAGUUCUACUUCUACUUCUAGAUCUAAUAUAAAUAGCAUGACAAAUUUUCUCAGCACGAGAAAUCGAAUUUGUAAUGCGGAUUUGGUUGAGGUUGAGCUUGAAGUUGAAGUUGAAGCUGAGCUUGGAGCUGAGCUUCGCGCUCACCUGGCAAAGGUGAUCGUCAAGGUGAACGUGAAACAGGAGACUUGUGAUGCAUGGUUACGAGUAGGAGUACUACGAGUGCGAUAUUUUUGCAGAGGAUAAAUAUGCCAUGGUCAGCGCAUUCAUAUCAGAAGGCGCUCUCAGGAGGAGCUGGUGAAACAGCCGCUUGAUGGUGUCCAAGGGGGUCGGCGCGCACCGGUUUGGGACCAUCUCCUCAAACUUCGCGUCGGAGAAGGCGAUCUUCGGGUCGCGGAUGGUCCGCGCAUGCGAAUGCUGCAGCUUUUCCAAAACGGCCUCAGCGCUGGUGACCUGCUUCCAAAAGUCUUCGUCGCCGGCAGCAGCCUUUGCCUUUGCGAAGAUGGCCUUAGUUUCUUUCUUUCGAUCCUUUUCCGACAUGCCCGCAAUACCGUUCUGGAUUGCAAGCUUAUUCUCCUUCAACGCGGCGAGAGUCGGGUGCGCAGUCAUCCAGCGGUGCUCCAUGUGCUGCGGAAUCUUGAUGUCAUCAAACCACAGCUUGGUCGCCUGUUGGAUCUUGGAAACACCUGAAAGUGAAGUUUUUUUAUGAAAUAGAAAAAGGAAUGCAACAAUAGACGCAGCUUGACUUGAGCGUCGAAAUUAUACACGAACAUCCUUAUUCUCGUACUCAGUAAUGAGCAAAAAAACAAAAGCACCAACAUAUCACUAUCAUCUUCAUCGCAAUUUAUUUUCAUACUAUAACUACCUUCUUUGAAUCCGUUUUUCUGGAAGUCCGCGAUGUCCAUGAUGUCCUUGGCCAAGAUGUGCAGUUGAUGGGCCUGACACACGUAUUGCAAAAUAAACGUCUGCAGAAGGCGGUGUCCACCGGGAUUAUCCUUGGUCUGUUUGAUCCUCUCUAAGUUACACGCAUGUGAGUAGAGGCGCAGUCGUCGGUAGGCCUUCAGGAUGUUGCUCCCGGCGUCGGAAUGGCAAAGCCAAAAACACAGGGGGUCACCGGGAUGAUACUUCGUCGUUGCGCCCGGAAGCGGCGCGAGGUUACCGAUGAUGGCGUAUAUGGCGGAAAGCACGUUGUCUGCAUCAGAUCCGCCUCGUACCCCUUUCGGCGUGUACUGCCGCAGCCGGACCUUGCCGGGAGUCCCGAUCACUCCAAACUCCGCCGUAGCAAUGACAAAUUCGAGCUGAAAGAAGCCUUCGGUGUCAAAAGUCGUACCGUCAGGUCCGAGUCGAAAAAAAACCACCUUGCGCGGGGUCGGAGGAGUAAUAGACAAACUCAGCUGCUCCUUACGCUUCGCCUGGUCCACGUGAAAUAGGAGCACGUCCUUGCCGCCGUCCUUGAUGUUGAAGUCCUUGCCCUUGGCAAUCAUGUCCCAGCACGCCGUGUUACCUGCGUGAAAGAACGUUAAAGUUUUCAAAUGUUCCAUUUUACCGCGCACGUGGAUGACAGUCACUUUUUUAAAAUUUUCAUCAUCACCUCUUGCAAUUUUUUUCAUCAUCGCCUAUCGCUCAGCUCCGUAUCAGUUGCAGUCAGUUGCAGUAGCAGUUGCAGUCAGUUGCAGUAGCAGUUGCAGUAGCAGUUGCAGUUCGAAUUCCUAUUACUAGAUUUAAAAAACCAAAAAAAUUUGUACCGCAUAUAUCGUCGAUUUCGUUUCUCAUGCCCAUUUCGAGCGCGCGGUCAUAAGCAUCUUCUUUGCGCAGCGCGUACUUCGUGAAGGCGGCGUCGUCUGCUUUACGCUUUUUCUCCGCGUCCGCUUGCUCAGAAACCACCUCAGCAAUUCCUUUGUUGUUCUGCAGCACGCAACCGUGCUCACCUUCCUUCUUAUCCUUCGACGAGUCCGUGUGCUGCAACCGCGACAAGGCGGAAGACACAAGCUUUGCGUCAAACAGCUGCUGCAAAAACUCGACCUUUUUCCGCGCAGUGACGGGAGAACGGCCAAUCACGAAACCGACGUACUCGACCUGUUCGUCAGGCGUGAGAGUGGCAAAAUACGACCACUCCACGGCGUCUCUCCACUCUUCCUCCACGAAAGCAGGGCGCUUGUACUUUUUAUCGUUGAAGGUGAAGGUCAAGUCCUCGUCUUUCGUUUUUACUUCACCCUCUUCGACCAUGACAUGGAUGGAAAUCCGGUAUCUGAUCAAAAUUGUUUUUGUUUUUCCUUGAUGUUGAUGUUGAUAAUUGUUGCUAUUGAUUAUGAGUGUCAUUGUGUAUGCGUUUAUUUUGAUCUCGAGGUACAGGCAUUCUCACAUGCGUCGAGUAAAAGUUUAAUCUUGCAACCAAAUCUAAAUUUCGACCGACCUAGUCUCGAGCUCCUCGAUGACAAACUCCUGGAGCCGCUUGGUGCGCUGGUACUUGUCGGCCAUGACGUCGGCGCGCGCGUUUUUCUCCACCUUCUCCUCCUCGGUAUCCAUGUCAUCGAUCAAAAUGUCGCUUUUCUUGAAAAGACCCUUCUCUUCGUGCGCCGUCUUGCAAUACCUGAAAAAAAGUUUUUCAUUGUCGUGAUGAUAUUUCUGUUUCAAAAACAACAGCCGCACAUGUUGACUGAAAAUAGAAAUUGAAAUAGUAUGUCUUGCAUGAUGAACAAAGUCUGCACUACUUCGAAUGGUAGACAAAAGAGCACGUCGAGUUUAAGUAACAAUAUAUGUACUGGCUCCACUUCUUCCGAAUUUGUUCCACCGUGGGCACGGGGAUCGGCAAGUACUGGGGUCGCAGAAACUCCGCCUCGUCGCGCGCAAGUUCGGCAAAAACUGUCGCGCCCUCCUUGAGCACGUCGUGCACAUGUUCGAAUGUGCUGCAAGACCGCACCAUAUCGAGGAUGGGGUACUCCAAUUCGUCGCGUUUGUAGCAAGUAGUCCCGGCGACCAAGUGCUUGCACUCUUGCGCGGCAAAAAUUUCUUUGUUAUUUUUGCGCUUCUUGUCCGGUGGCGGCAUCCGGUGCAUGCCCUCAAUCAAACGUUGCACAUGCUCCGAGGAUCUCAUGUUCUCGUCCUCUAUCGUGUGCUCCAACGCCUUGAGGAGCAGGUCGGCCGGCAGCGAAGGCUGCGCCGACGAAGAGUUAGAGUUCCACAUCUUUUUAUAAUUCUUCAUUUUCUCGUCAAAAUCCAUUUUAUUUUUAUAAACUUCUCCCUAGAAAAAGAUUUUUUUUUUCCAACUGAUGCGAAGGGUAAGACAAGCAUCAAAAGCAACUGAUGCGAAGGGUAAGACAAGCAUCAAAAGCAAAUGAAUCGAAAAGGAAAACCAAAAGCAAAACGACAACUUCCAGCCAGAUGAUCCUCUUCAUGCUUUGAUCAAUCCAUCACGACAGAUCUUGGAGCUUUGAUCGAGAUCACUUCGUGUUUGGAUCCAGGAACAAAAUCAUCAAAACCGUUGUCAUCCAUCUUGCGCGAAAAACGAAACCGUCAUCAUCUAUCUUGCGCAAACUAACGCGACGAAAACAAGAGCAGGAGAGUCGAACAAGCUUUCUUCUGCAUGAGAUCUUUUCUGUUUCGCGCCCCAGACUCUGCGCAUCUACUUAGUUUUCUCCUGUGCGUUUUGCUUUUACUUUCUGCUUCUCAUUCUAUUUAUAUUUUCUACUUCUACUUCUGCUUUCUCUUCUACUUUCUACUUCUCCUCCCCGAAACUCAUGCUCGACAUAGCAGCGUCGUGGCCGCUCCUGCUGUGGCUAUCCCCUUGGUUGGGUCGCUCCUGAUAUUGUUGUUUUUUUCUCAUUAACAUUGACAUUCUCUUUAUACGCGAAAGACAUCAUCGGAGGCGCAUAUGUAAAAUCUCAAACUCAAAGUCAAAACCAAAAGCCAAAAGCAUUGCAACUCUGAAAAUGCGGACGACUCAAACGCUCCGCUAUCAUAAUGAUCAGCUCAAUGAAACAACAAAAACAUAACCUGCUUUCCCCUUCUAGUUCUCUGCCAUUCGUGUGCUUCGCCUUUCGCUUUUCACUUCCAGCCUGCUAUAACUGAAACGCAUUUCCACAAACCCGCCAUAGCUGAAGCCGCAUAGUUCGAAUAGUUGUGGUUUUGUAAUAAACCACAACUAUUCGAAAUUUUAGCUCGGUGUAGAGGAACUCGCAUUUUCCGGAAAUGAAGGUUUGUUUUGCUCGGUUGAAGUUGUUUUGCUCGGUUGGUGAUAUUUUGGUUUUCGGUGUUUAGAAUGUUGGUUCGGUGGAUCAGUGAAGUCGGUGGCUCAGAUAGAAUCCGUGCUCUUCAGAAAGCAGUUCUGCGUUCUCAAGAAUUUAGUUUUUGCAUCACAAAGAAAUGUUUUCUCCAUGACAAAAAAUUGUUUUCAUGACAAUCGAAAUCGGUUUUUGCAUUUUGGAAAAUGAAAAAUACGGCUCAGAAAAUGCAAUAGUUAAUACUGAACUUUUGUACUUUGUCCAUUCAUAAGGCAGUAGCAGUAGAGGAGCCAACGCGACGACACGGAAGCGACUUUCGGUGAAAGAACGCGACGAGCUGUCGACUCCGCUCGCUAGGUUUUGUUACACGCUCCCGGCGUAUCGAAUUCGUGUAUUUUAUUUCCGAUUAUUCGCAAGAAGUUGAAGUUGAAGUACCCUGUCCCUGUCGUGCAGGUUCUUUUCCUCUGAUUUGCC